CGCGGUGGCAGCCAUCCGUUAUCGAUCAGGUCUUUCGUGCUACGACUACAUUUUAGAUUAUUAUACUAAUAAGAAAUGGGUUGUAGCCUAUGAGGGUAUUAUUCAUCCUAUUGGUAGUCCAGAUGGGUGGGUUGUUCCACAUGAAGUUUCUGCAGUUAUUUGUAAACCACCAUCGUGUUCUAAGAGGCCACCUGGAAGACCCAAAAAGGAGGAUACCAUCUACGGCGGAAAACGUCUGAUGAAAAAAGUGUACAAGGUGCUUCAUGGUUGGUCACAAUCGCAAAAUGAAUAUGAAAUUUGUCAUGGAUAACUAUUUGGGAAAUUUUGUCUUUGCCAUACUGUUUUGGGUUAUUUACUUUUUGUUUGGAUGUUAUUCAUUACAUGACUUUUAUAAGUAUUUAUUAAUAAAUGCAACUCAUUUUGUCUUUGAAUA